AAGCAAUCUAACCCGUCCGUCUGGAAUCGGGGAGGACGGAACACGACGUGAAUACGUGUAGCUAAACGGCGACUACGAUGGUGGCAUCGGUUGAGCGAAAAAACAAACCGAGUUUUUUGCUUUUAACCUUUUUCAGGCAGAAGUGAAGGAAUGUCUGCUGGGUGGAUCUUUGAGAAGACAGUGAGUUUCAGUCUGUGAACUCUCCCACACGUGCAGUCAGUCGGCGCUUCAGCAGCAUGGAGACUCUUUCUAGUCUGCUCUUUUUACUUCUAACCGUACACUCAGUUAAUGGCCUAAAGUGUUACGUGUGUGCCUCGGCGACAACGAAUCAAGAAUGUAACAAAAACCUUCAGGAAUGUCAGUCUCCUCUGGACACCUGCAUGACCACUGUAGGCACGCUAGGAGGAGUUUCCGCCAUCGCGAAGACGUGCUCCAUGUCAAAGCUGUGCACCAGCGCCGCGGCCAUCGCCUCUGUGGACAGUAAUGGAAACGGCAUGCAGGUGACGUGCUGUAACGGUAAUCUGUGCAACUACAGCGGAGCUUCCAGCGUCACGCUGCACAGAUGGCUGCUGGUGCUGCCGCUGCUCCUCAUCAGCCUCCUCUUCAGACAGCACGCUUGAAGACUUCAAACACUUCAUCCCGGCACGGACUAAAACGCUCGUCUUAUCGAAAAUUCUACCGCGCUAACUUCCCUUGUUUGGUAACGGACGUUUGAUUUGAAAAGUACAAUCUGUUAAACAGAUUACGUGUCCCGGAAAUGCAGUUAUGUAAAAACCUUUGAAGGAAGAAUUGCACGGUCCUGUGUUAACUAGAGGAUAUCAUCAAAUUAUGAGAGCGUUGCGCAUGAAUUUAAGCCAUAUGUAUGUUGUUAGACAGGGGUAUAUUUAAAAUGUUUUAAUUCUUUUCCCCCCUCUUUUACUUUUAAUGCAAAUGAAUAUUACAAUUUAACAAAUAAAAUACUAAAAUAUAA